UUUUACCCAUAUUUAUCUAUAAAUAAAAUUCUCGAAAGAAGUAUGCCGGGUAUAUAUAUAUUCUAGCUAGCUACCCACAUCUUAUCCACUUCCAUGCAUAUGUCAUUUUGAUCUUUUCUUCAUUAUUUUAGGUUUAAAGCUUUAGUUUCAUCAAUAAAGAUAUAACAUGGCCGCACCGUUGUCAUCUUGGCCAUGGCAGAACUUAGGCGUAUACAAGUAUGUACUGUAUGGACCAUUUGUUGCAAAGAUUUUGCACUCAAGAUACUAUGCACAAGAAAGCAGCAAUAGCCCCUCCCCCUCAUCCUCAGCAACAACAAUAUGGUGCUUACAUUUAGUGAUUUUGUGCACCCUUAGAAUGUUGGUGCAUCAAUUUUGGUCCUCUUUCAACAACAUGUUGUUCCUCGUCCGGAAUCGUCGCAUCGUUCAACGAGGCACCGAUUUCCAACAAAUCGACAAAGAAUGGGACUGGGACAACUUCUUGAUACUUCAAGCACUGAUUGCAAGUUUAGGGUUCCUAAUUGUGUUUCCAGCUGAUGAUGAGAUGAUAUUCAGUCUUCCAAGGUGGGACAUGGGAGGAGUGAUGGCUGCAGUUUUGCUUCAUGUUUUUGUUUCUGAGCCCCUUUACUAUUUCCUACAUAAAUGCUUCCAUGCCAGUAAUUACCUUUUCACCCAUUACCAUUCCCUCCACCAUUCCUCACCUGUGCCCCACCCAUUCACUGUGUUAGGGGCAAUAAUGGGAAUUCCAAUAGUGGGGGCAUGCAUGAUUGAACGUGGAUCAACGGCCAUGAUUUACGGCUACGUUUUGACUUUUGAUUUCCUGAGAUGUUUGGGACAUUGCAACGUCGAAGUCUUUCCACAUCAGCUGUUUGAAGCCCUUCCAUUUUUGAGAUAUCUCAUUUACACCCCCACAUAUCACAGUGUACACCAUACAGAGAAGGACACAAAUUAUUGCCUUUUCAUGCCAAUCUUUGAUGCAUUGGGUAAUACCCUCAACAAAAAAUCAUGGGAGAAGCACAGAGAGAUUAGCUUGCAAGCAGGUAAAGAGGGGAGGGUACCAGAUUUUGUGUUCUUGGCACACGUGGUGGACUUCACGGCAGGGAUGCACGUGCCGUUCAUGUGGAGGUCAUUUUCGUCAAUGCCAUUCAGGACGAGGCUGUUCUGCAUCCCCAUCUUGCCCUUAGCCUUCGUCGCAAUGGUCUUCAUGUGGCUCUUUUGCAAGCCAUUCGUGGUCUCCUUCUACACCCUCCGGGAUCGCCUCCUUCACACCUGGACCGUUCCCCGCUUCGGUUUUCAGUAUUUCAUACCAUUUGCGGCAAAGGGAAUAAAUGGGCUGAUAGAAGAAGCAAUUCUUAAAGCGGACAGAUUGGGAGUCAAAGUUAUCAGCCUUGCUGCUCUCAAUAAGAAUGAAGCACUAAAUGGAGGAGGGACAUUGUUUGUGAACAAACAUCCAAACCUGAAGGUAAGGGUGGUGCAUGGGAACACGCUCACGGCGGCGGUGAUAUUAAACGACAUUCCAAAGGAUGUUACGGAGGUUUUCCUCACCGGAGCCACCUCCAAACUCGGCCGCGCCAUCGCUAUUUACCUUUGUCAACGCAGAGUCAAGGUUUUGAUGUUUACUCCGUCAGCAGAGAGAUUUCAAAAAAUCCAAAAGGAAGCCCCGGUUGAUUUCCAGAAAUAUCUAGUGCAGGUCACUAAAUACCAAGCUGCCAAAAACUGCAAGACGUGGAUAGUUGGGAAGUGGAUCACAGUGAGAGAGCAAAAGUUUGCACCCAGAGGAACUCAUUUCCACCAGUUUGUCGUCCCUCCGGUCUUCCCCUUCAGAAGAGACUGCACCUACGGCGACCUUGCCGCCAUGCGUCUCCCUCCCGAUGUUCAAGGUCUCGGAACCUGCGAGUAUUCGAUGGAGAGGGGGGUGGUGCAUGCGUGCCACGCGGGGGGAGUGGUGCAUUCGAUGGAAGGGUGGACCCACAACGAGGUUGGGGCGAUCGAUGUGGACCGAAUCGACAUUGUUUGGGAAGCCGCUCUCAAGCACGGACUCAAGCCUCUCUCCAACAACACUAGUACUAUUACUAGUAGUACUAGUAGUAAUACUCUUUCGACCUAAUCAAUUUAUACUCGAUCGUAUAAGCCAGCUGGUUGUACGUUUGAGCUAGCUAGCUAGCUAGGGGUAAUAUAAUGCAUGAUGAUAAACGAACGUACCCAAGCCUUUACUUAUAUGCAAUCAUAUUCUCCCUCCCUCACAAAAUAGGUUACGUUUCAUUUAUUGCGCAUCCCAAAAAAACAUUUACCACGUCUAAAAUACCCAAAAAUUACCACAUUUACCUUUUAUUGUGGGUAGAUUGAAAUUUUUUUAGAGUUUGAGACGAUAUAGAAGUAUUUUAUUUGAUGCGAAAAAAAUGAAACGUAACCUGUUUUUUAGACGGAGGGAGUAUCUAGCUUAUGUCCGCGGGGCCCAUCUUUUGUACUGAAUUUUUGUUCAUAAUGGUUUUCCUUCGGUGGAAAAAUGUACGAGUAGAUUUUUUUUUUCUUUUUGCACUCUUGAAUUACAAGAACCAAUUAAACAUGGUGUAAGAAAAUAAGGAAUUAAGU